AUGAAUAGUGUAUUCAAUGCCGCUGAAAACAGGGCAUCUCUCGAACGGGCAUAUAUCAAUUACACAAGGGCAGGUAUCAAGGUCAGGAGUCUUAUUAUUACAAACCCGCAUAAUCCAUUGGGCUGCUAUUAUUCCACAGAAGCAUUACAAGACAUCGCCCGUUUCUGCAAUAAGCACAACAUCCAUAUGAUCUCCGACGAGAUUUACGCACAUUCGACAUACUCAAACGAGCAAUUUCCGAACGCUACUACUUUCAACUCCAUCCUCUCCCUAGAUCUAAGCGAGAUCAUCGAUCAGAAUCUAGUUCAUAUCUUGUACGGCAUAAGCAAGGACUAUGGAGCAAGUGGACUCCGUGUCGGGGUACUUCAGUCACGCAAUAAGAACCUAACUGACGCUGUCUCCGCCCUAAAACCACCCAACAGCUUAUUAUCCUGGCCAUCCUUCAUGGUCCAGAACAUAUGGGCACGUGUUCUUGAAGACACGGCCUUUCUGCAAUACUUUUUCCACACGUAUUCCGAGCGUCUAACAAAAAGCUACAGUCACGUCAGAGAUUAUAUGGAAGACCAUGGAAUAGAGUAUUUUAGGGGAACCAAUGCUGGGCUGUUUGUAUGGGCUCGGAUACUCCCUUAUCCUGAUGACAACGGAACAGACGAAUAUUCUAAGCUGAAGGAAAGGUUCCUGGAGAUCUGUCUCGGUAAUGGUGUGAACAUCGCGGAUGGAGAUAGU